AUGGAGGAUUUGCGCCAAAUAGCACUUGCAUACUUCAAGGAUGCGUCGAAGCAAAUUCAACGGUUGGUAGAUGAGUUUUUCUCCGAAAUGGAUGUUGACGGGAAUGACCGAGUGAGCUUGCAAGAGUUCACGGAAUACAUGGAGAGGUAUGAAGAUUGCAAGCAUCUGUGUAACUCCCUUUUUUUCGACGAACUGAAGAAGGAAGGACAUGAAGAGCUUGAUUUCGUGGACAUGAUGACUCUCUUCUACAUUGUUUAUAGUGGAAAACCUUUUUGUAACGGGCAGUGCAAAAAAUUUAUCAAGGGAGUUUAUUUCGCUUGUGUCAAAUGCUUUGACGAUUAUGCCACUGAUGCCAUCAACACAUUCAAUGUUUGCACUGCUUGUUAUUCUGAAGGCAAAUAUGUCCAUGGCCACGACAAACUCCUAGAUAGCUUCCUGCUUCUUCAAAGUAAGAGGAUGACAGUUUUGAACCAACGAGCAACGUCAGUCACUAAUAAGGUCGUCGGGAAAGCAUAUUCUUUUUCUAUGAAUGCGGACAACCAGGACUGCCAAAUAUAA